AUCGAUACCAGGUUCAGAAAAUUCAAAAUAAAUCAAUUUAUUUCAUAACUAACAUUAAAAAAACUUAUAUGUAAUAAAUCAGUGAUAAAUUGCCUUUUUCAUGGUAUUAAAAUAAUUUAUCUUAGAAAAUAAAUAUUUUUAUCACUAUCAGUUAAACUGAAUACAUAUCGAUAUUUUCGGCCGAUUUUGUGUUUACCAGCUGUUGACACGCGCUCGUCGCGUGUAUGUUGCAUGACCCCGUAUGCGGGUCAUUUAUCCUUAAUUAAUAUUCAUGAAAUUUUACAACCAAUCAGAAAACUGAUUGCACUUCACUCCAAAACUUUCGUCAUUCGCGUAUGUUUACAAACAAGAAAGUUGUGAUGACCUAAAGUCUCCGCCGUUUUGCGUAACAGAAAUUCGUAACUGAAGUUUUCCACCUGUGUAUCAAAGUCAACACUUCAGAAGCACCAUAUCUGGUUCCAGUAAAAUAAAAAUAAUGAAUAGUUGAAAAUGGAUGGUGAAUUUAUCGGUCCUUUUUGUAAAGAGCUUGGUUUACAAUUACAUACGAUUGCUGAUAUCAAACCUUUGACAAACUGUCACAUACUAAAUGGUGUUGUCUUAGAAUUGUAUACGCAAUACAGAAACAUUUCAAAAGUUGUUGAUGUGUUGGUACGUUUGAAUCCUGAACUUUCGACCAUCCAUGUAAAUACCUUGAAAUCUAGAAUCAACCGUAUUGUUGAAAUUAAAAAGAAACUGGUUUCGAAGAAAAAAGUAAAAGGUGUGACCUCAGUUGAUGACCUCAAACGACAAAUAUUUGAGAAUGUGCCAGUUAAAAAGAAACUGUAUGUAACCCCAUGUAAGAACUUGAACAAGUCUUGUGAGAAUUCUUCCGCAGAUCUUACAGAUGAGAUUGCGUUACUUAGUCCUAGAGGAAGUGAAAUAGACACGAUUCCUGUGAAACAAUCAAAUGAGAAUGUGAGAGACAAUGUGUCCCCUGAUAAUCUGAAUAGCCCUGAACCCCACAAUGUUGAAACUUUCAAUAAAAAUGAGAAGAAAUCCCUAAAUCUGUUUGACUAUGAAAUAAAAAAGAAGGCAAACUCUCUGCAACGUGUAGUGCAUGAAAUUGAAUCGGCGAAAGAACAUUUGAAAAGCCUAGAAAGCAGGAUCGGUCACUAUUCCGUCCGAAAUGUAAAUAAACGUGAUGAGACGGCAAAGCGGAAUUUGCAUUUAUUGCGGGAAACACAAAGACAGCUGCUGCGCCAGAAGAAACUAAAUGAUAGUGAUAGUGAAACAAUCAGUCAGUUAAAUGAAAAAAUUGAAACAUUGAAUUUAAAAUCAGGCAAUGAAAUUGAAAAGCAUGAACAAAAAAAAGUAAACGCUCAAAAAUCAGCCAGCUACUACAAAGUAAGGGCAUCAAAACUUAGAGAAAAACUGAAAAACGACAAUGAUGAACCCCUGAGAGCAUUGAGAACCAAACUUGCGGAAAAAGACGCAAAAAUACGAGAACUAGAAGCAAAUUACUUGAUUCUUCAAGAUGAAUUACGUGAAGGUAAAAUUGAAACGAGAACAAAAGAUGGAGCCUUCACUGAUAAUGUCCGGCUUUGUGUAGUUGAAUUAAGUGGUCUUGAAGUGGCGGUUGAAAAAAUCCCUGAAGUUGUAAGAACUGUUUCCAAACAUUUACAUGGUGUUGAUACAUGUAGGUCUGAUCUACCAUCAAGUACUACCGUCCAAGCUAUUGUUGAUGAAGGACAUUUCCUAGCUAAAACCUUUAUCUCCCAAAAGCUGUCUGAAACCGAGAACUGGGGUUUAAACCGCGAUGGCACAACCCGUAGAAAACAAAAGAUUCUUGACACUUCUGUCACAUUAGCAUCUGGAGAUAUCCUCAGUUUAGGGUUUACUAGAGUCGCCCAUGAAACAGCCGAAACAAUAAACAAUAUGACCAAAGACCAUGUUACUGAACUUGCAACGUUAAACCAAUGUCUAUCAACUGAUGAAAGCGUAGAACAUUUUGUGAAGGAAUCAUUAGGCAAGCUGGCCUUUACUAUGAGUGAUCGAGCCAGCAAUGAAAAGAAGGCAGACCGACUACUUGAUGAAUGGCGAGAUGAGGUCUUGAGCAACUGUGGUGAAACGCAACAAGAUAAGGUCCUUCAUUUCCAUUGCAUGGCCCACGUAUUACUUGGUUUUCAUAGAUACAUUUGUAAGGAUCUCAAAGAUCACGAGUCGAAGUUAACUGAACAAGAAGCGCUUGGACGUGAUGGACUCUCUGUGUUUUCAUGCUGGCGAACAAAAGGAACAGUAGUUGAAAGGGUCUUAUUGACAACAUCAGACGUAUUUGGCCCCUCUGGCGACCACCAUGGCGUAAGAGAUUUGUGGGAAGCCUACUGUGCUGCAAAUGCUAUCAAAUCAAUAAUAGGCAAUUACAAAGACAAUAGGUUUAACGCGUUGUUUCAAACGGCUGCCGAAAUAUUUCUACACAGAGCCCAUUUUAUCCAUGUCCUAGAAACUGUCAAAUCCCCAAAUUUAAAGCUGAAGUCUGUCAUUGCAGACCUGAAGGAUGAUCGUAUUUUUGCCAGCAUUCAAUGUCUUGGUCUUUUCUACCUGAGAGUCACUGGCCCAUAUUGGGCCCUUAUCACAAACUCCGAUGUCCCGUACCUAGAACUUCACAAGGAAGUGUCCGACAUGAGAGAUUACCUUGCGGUGUUAGAAACUGAUCCUGCUGCCAUUCUUCAGCGUAACAAGAUCUGGAAGGAUAUCCAUGUACAGUAUGAAAAAACUCUAUCAAGUUCCUUAGAGGAGCUAAAUGAAAAGAACAGAGAGGCUGUGUUUGAAUCAGUUAAACUUGUUGCAAAUGCCAUGACCAAAACAAUUGAAAAACAGUUAGUAGACUUCAUAGAAGAUGGAGCAUUUUCAGAUACCCCCUCAAAAGAAGACCUACAAAGAACCUUCUUCGCCCACUCAACAAACUUGGGUUGUGAGCACCAUUUUGGCGAUCUUGAUAGCAGUCAGCGCCGCAGGCCGAGUGCAUCAAUGCACCAUCAUUCCUCAGUGCAACUCCUUAAAAGAAAUAGAACAAAUUUAAUGAGCUGGAUUGCCGAUAUGCCAGAAAGUGAAAAAGAAGCACUGUUAAAAUCAGCAAGAAGCGGUGGAAAAAAAUUGCGUGAAAAACAUAGAAGACAGGAAAAAAAUGUCCUAAAUGAAAUAAAUGAAGAAAUGACCAAAAAAUGUGACAAAGUGAAAAGCAAACGCAAAGCCAAAAAUGACCUAAAUUCUAAAUGUGGUAAGACAAGAAAAUGUAAUGAAAAUUCCGCAGAAAAUGAACUUCUUGAACUUCUACCAAGCUUUGAUGAAAUAAAUCAAAAUGAAUAUGUAGCAAUUGCUUAUCAGGACAGAUGGUAUCCUGGUGUUGUGUUAACUGCACAAAAUGAAAAAAAAAUUCUUGUAAAAUUUAUGGCACCAACAAGGAAGCCCGGUUACUUCAUCUGGCCAGGUAGAGAAGACGUCCAAACAGUAGAACACACUUUUGUUUUAAAGGCUGGAUUUAUUCCAGAUUGUGUGAAUUCAGGCAGAAUGUGGUUCAUCAAUGACAGUCACUGUAUUCAAAAAAUAUUUGAGAAGUUCAAAAAUGUGUACUUUUGAAAACUGAAAACUUAUUGUAAAAUGGUUGUGCAAGAAAUGUAAGAGAUUUACAUAUUACAGAAACUUGUAAAGGUUGUAAAUGUAUAUAUAUUAUAUAGCUAUAAUGUGAAAACUGAUGUAAGAUUGUUAUGUGAGAAUCUGUAUGAUUAAAUGUAGACUUACUGUUUCAGGAAGUAAAAUAUUUCUGUGGAAUAUUUCUGUUUAGGGUAAAUGAUAUUGCACUUGUGUAUAUAUAAUGUGUCAUAAAAUGUAUCAUAUAAUUAAGGUAGAAUCAGCUACCUUUAGCAGGUCAUUACAUCAAAUAGCAAUUUAAUGUUUGAUUAUAUUGCAUAACUGUACACUGUUGAUUUUCUCUGUUGGUUUACAUUCAUGCAGAAAUGAAAUAUGAAGUGAAGAAAAAUAAACUUGAAAUUUUAUAUAUGCUUUGUUUACUGUGUUGGACACAGUUAGUGUCCUGCUAUAGUUAAUGCCCUUUAAAAAAAGCUUGUUAAAAGCAGUAGUAAAUGAUCUCUCUGCAUUCCAAAUUUCAUCAAAUUAUCUCAAAUAAUAAAAAAGUUAUGGUGUUUUUAGUAUUGACUUUGUCGAACAAGUAAAAGUUUCGGUGCCGUCUCCGCGCUCGCGUUUCCUUAUAAAGUAUACAGUAAAAAAUUCUGAAAAAGCGCGCAUUUUUACACAUUUGAAAUAACCAUAACUUUUUUAUUUUUUAAGAUAUUUUAAAAAAGUAAACUGUUCUGAAAAGCUCUAAACUAGCCCUGUCAA